GGCUUUUCUCUCAGGUGGUCCAAGCUCCUCCCGCUCUCUACUUUAUGACGUUUGAGGCGGAUCCCGUGGGGAGCUCAUGCGACUCGUCGAAGUUGCUAUUCUUCGAUGGCAGCUAUUCGUCUGGAUCUCGAGCGUGAUAAGUAUUUAGUAUUAACGAAUUCAUAUUGAUGAAAUGUGCGGACGAUAUGCCUUAGGAGUUGUGCGUUCAUGUCUGGUCUGGUCUGUUAGACUCUCAAUUGCAACAGCAUCGCUAACAUGACUUUGUAUGUCAACAGCGCCUGGCCUACAUCCGACAACAGCUCGAGGAGCAGGGGAUGCAAGUCGAUGAAGCGCCAGAUGAUGAUGCUGUAAGGGAAACAUACAAUUUCGCUCCUGGGUAUCAUGGAGUCGUCUAUCGUGCCGACACGCCUGACUACGGCGGCCAGGAGCCAGAGGUAGCGGACGGACUAGAAACUGCAGCAGAGCAAGAAGGAGAGGAUGGACAGGGAGAUGAAAAAGAGAAAACCACCAAUGAAGAAGGCAGCAAGAAGAAAAAGAUCCAUUACAAACUCCAGGCGAUGAAAUGGGGCCUGGUUCCCUUUUGGACAAAGCGUCAACCGGACUACGGUUCAAUGAUGCGGACGAUCAAUUGCCGUGACGACUCUCUGGUAGAAGACAGAGGCAUGUGGACGUCGAUGAAAAGGCGGAAACGAUGCGUGGUUGUGUGCCAGGGCUUCUAUGAAUGGCUGAAAAAGGGGCCUGGUGGUAAGGAGAAGAUCCCGCAUUUCGUAAAGCGUAAAGAUGGGCAAUUGAUGUAUUUUGCUGGGUUGUGGGAUUGUGUGAAUUAUGAAGAUGAAAAGCUAUACACCUACACAAUUAUCACUACUUCUUCCAACUCAUACCUCAAAUUCCUCCAUGACCGAAUGCCAGUGAUACUGGAUCCCAACAGUCCUGAAAUGAAAACAUGGUUAGAUCCUACCCGCACCACAUGGUCAAAGGAGCUACAAUCCAUCCUCAAGCCGUACCAAGGCGAGCUAGAAUGCUACCCCGUUGCCAAAGAAGUCGGAAAAGUCGGUAAUAACUCACCUGAUUUCCUGAUCCCGAUCAACAGCAAAGACAACAAGAAAAGCAUCGCCAACUUCUUUGCCAAUGCGGAGAAGGGGAAACCUAAAGACAAUGAACAUCCUGUGAAGCAUGUCGAAGAUCAGACUGAACUGAAGAUAGUCCACGAUAAAGACGAGCAACGCGUCACCCAAGACGAUGAAUGGACAGAAGACAACGCUCCGAUCCCAGUUACCGGUAUCAAGAGGGAACAUCCGCCUGAUAAUGAAGUUAAAGGUACGCCACGAUCAUCUAAGACGCGAAAGACGGACUCCUCGAAAUCCCCAGACAUGAAAAGAGAAGCUUCAGCUUCCCCUCCGAACACUUCGACUACAACUACAACUACUCCAGGAAGGAAAACUCGAAGCACAACCAAAACUCACUCUGCUGGAAAAGACGAGACGGAAAAGAAGGCAGUCGAUGGCUCGCAGCGUAUUACAAAUUUCUUCAAGAAGUAGCUGUAGAGCCUGGACUAGUGUGCCGUUUGUAGAUAUGGAAAUAUUUCCCAUCAUCCCGGCAUGUCUAUCUGAUUUAGUUACUACUUCGAGAAUCUUUUAUCCUCUAUCGAGGCGAUCUUUUUCCAUUCAGCUAAGAAAGUU